AUGCAUAGAGACUCCUGUCCAUUGGAUUGUAAAGUUUAUGUUGGAAAUCUUGGUAACAAUGGUAACAAAACAGAGUUGGAGCAUUCUUUUGGUUACUAUGGACCUCUGAGGAGUGUGUGGGUAGCCAGAAACCCACCAGGCUUUGCAUUUGUGGAGUUUGAGGACCCAAGGGAUGCAGCAGAUGCUGUCAGAGAACUAGAUGGAAGGACCCUUUGUGGUUGCCGGGUAAGGGUUGAGCUUUCCAAUGGUGCAAAGCGUACUCGCAAUAGGGGACCACCCCCAUCUUGGAGCAGACGUCCCCGUGAUGAUUAUAGGCGCAGAAGCCCACCUCAUCGGCACAGAUCACCACGCAGGAGAAGCUUCAGUCGAAGCCGUAGCAGGUCUCUCUCUAGAGAUAGGAGGAGGGAGAGAUCCUUGUCAAGAGAACGAAAUCAUAAGCCUUCACGUUCUUUCUCUCGAUCUCGCAGUCGUUCCAGGUCUAAUGAGAGGAAGUAGUUAUUGGAGUCACUGUACAAAUCAACACUGUGGAUCGUUCCCAUUUAAGACUUUAUUGUAGCUGUGCCCUUUUUUUUUUUAUUCCGGUUUUAUCUGUUCAUCUUUGAUACAAAGCACAAGCAGUAACUUGGAGCUCUUGAUUGUGUACAGUCCAGGUUGGAGGGAAGUAUUGAGGGUUUUUUCUGGUUUUUCCCCCAUGUUUUUUUUUUUUUUUUUGUAAGUAAAUCUACCAUUUAAACAUUUCUGGUGGUACCAUGUUUACUGAAAAUUGUUAAAUGGGUGUUCACUGGGUUGGGAUUCUGUUAAUACAUUUCUGCAUUGAUGCCUGUCUUGUAAAUAGUUGGGUCAUGUGCUUUGUGGAGCUGUUACUGUUUGUAUGGGCAGACUUAAUUGAUUUUGCAUACCUUGUACCACCUUUCAAAAGACAGUGGUUUAACACUCCAGUGAUUAAUGCUUUUGGUUUUUUGCUGUUUCAUUUGUAAUGUUGGAUUAAAUUUGAUACCUGGA